ACAUUCUAUAGAGUCGUCUAGCGCCACAGAAAACGGGCACACUAAUGAAAUAAGUUGAAUUUUGAAGAAUUCUAGAAAAUUCGACUUACAAACAAACCUACCCAUCCUUGAAUUAAACGAAAACUGCCACCGGAAGCACUGCCGGACCGGAACCGUAGCGAGCCGACAUCAACUAGCAUUUCACACAAGCCGGACACAAAAAUCCCAUCCAAAGAACUAUGGCCAAGUGGGGUGAAGGAGAUCCGCGCUGGAUUGUCGAGGAGCGACCCGAUGCCACCAAUGUGAACAACUGGCACUGGACGGAGAAGAACGCGACGCCAUGGUCCAAGGAGCGCCUUCAUCAGCUCUUCAAGGACUUCAAAAUAGAAAAGAGCGAUAUCGAGUGCGUGGUGGACACCGUGGACAAAUGUACUGGGGAGGCCACCGUCAACAAUCGCAAGGGCAAACUUAUCUUCUUCUAUGAGUGGGAGCUGGUCCUAAAGUGGUCCGGCCGCAUGAUCAAGAACAGCAAUCUGAGUCACAAGGGAAAGCUCACCAUUCCCAAUCUCUCCGAGGAAAACGAUCUUGAGGAUGUUGAGAUCACUGUUACCAUCGAUGAGUCCAACGACGAGUCGGAGACCCUCAAGCAGUUUAUGUACAAUGUUGGGCGGAAUCACGUGCGCCAUCAGCUGGGCGCCUACAUUCGUGAGCUUAAGGAAGAGUACUCCAAGAACCUGAUCCUACCAAAGAAGGGAGACGAGGCCGCCGCCGGCAAUGCUGAGACAAACGCCAACCUCAAGGAUGCUAACAACAUCAAAAAUACCGCUCAGAAGGCUGUCUCCAAUACAUCGGUGGCGGCGCCCAAGUCGAGUAACACCAGUGUGGGCUGUAAGCUCGACGUUCGCACCCUUUCGAUGACCGAAGAGUUUCACUGCAACGCCAAUGAUCUUUACAAUGCACUUACAAAAGCUGAGAUGGUGACUGCCUUUACAAGGGCACCCGCGAAAGUAGACGCCGUGCGAGGUGGAGAGUUCGUCUUGUACGGAGGAAAUGUUGUGGGCAAGUUUGAGGAGCUUGUUCCUGAAAAAAAGAUUCAGCAGAGCUGGCGUCUGAAAAACUGGUCAUCUGGUCACUACUCGAACGUCGUCAUAGAGCUUGAGGAAACUUCUUCAAGCACAAUGAUGACGCUCAAGCAGACCGGCAUUCCCGCCUCCGAAUACGAUGCGAUGAAGAUCAACUGGUAUCGGUACUACUGGCAUAGCAUUAAGCAAACCUUUGGCUUCGGCACAUCGAUAUCGGACGCCUUAUAAGUGGACGUUCCUGGUUGCGGAAGCUCUACAUUGGACAGGGGCUUUGGUUAUAGGCGUAUCAUGAAACGAGUUCCAUUUGUUUUCAACCGAAAGAGCUGCGAGAAUUUCAUUUCCACCCUUAGCUGUAAUUUCUGUUAAUCCUUGAAGGCUCUACGAAGGACACUUCUACAUCGUUCGAUAGUAAAUCGAACUAAAUAAUCACCGGCUCGUUUACAACAGGAAGUAGUAAGAUCGUGCUCCAUAAACGAAUAUUAUAAAAAAAAAAAAAAUUCACGCUUCCGACAUUAAUUUCACACAUUAAAAUGCUGAGAUAAAUAAACGAAAAAACCUGAA